AAGUAACAGAUAGAAGACUCAAAGGGAGUACAAACUCUGAAAAUCCUUAGUUAUCACUCUUCACCAGAGCCUAGAGAUCUGAGAAAGGAAUCUUCAUUCAAAAAUCAAAGCGGAUAACAAUUACUGCAGUCAUAAGUUGCCUUUUAAAAAAGUUUUUCCCAUUCGGCCAUGAUGUCGCAACAUGCAGCCUUGACAAGCCUCUUUGGAGAUGACCCUUUCUUCAGCCAGGAGCAGCUGCUUUGGCCACUUCGUCGUGACUCCCUCUCCUCAAUGCAGCAGGAGUUCUUUAACCGGAGAACCAAGCUGGCUGACAGCCUCCUGAGGGAGCUCCAUGAUGGGCCUCAACUUCUCGGACUUUGCCAGAUGCCCUUCACUUCGAACACGCUGUCCAGGCUUGGUGAAAGUGAGCAGCCGAGAGAGAUUUCCAGCACAGAACUACACAAGGACAACAAAGAUGACCUCUUAGUGACCCUAGAUGUUCGGGGUUAUUCCCCAAGUGACAUCACCGUGAAGCGGGAGGGGAGAAGCCUGGCAGUGGUUGCCAUGAAGCAGGCUGGAGCAGAAGAGACCCAGUCCUGCUCCUCUUCUUCCUCCUGUGCUGCCUUCUGCUCCUCUUCCUCUUCAAAGAUGGGAUUUGUCCAGAAGAUUGACCUGCCAGCUCAUGUUGAUUUGUCUGGCCUCUCUUGCUCCUUGAUGGAUGAUGGACAGCUCCGUAUCCAUGCUCCCGCAGCCAAGCAACAAAUCAGUGAGGAGAGUCAGGUGCCUAUUCGUUUCAGGUCAUCACUGGAAUUUCCUAUCACCAAAGACAAGACAGAGAAUUAAAACACAGACUAAUACACACCAAAAAUACAACACACAGUUACAUUUUAUAAUGAAUAAACAUACAAAUUGUAACCCAACACGUGAUCAUACAAACUCUUUCCUAAGACUUUUUAUGACAAGUAAAAUGUAUGUCUACUAAAUUGAAAUGAUAUUUAGUUUUUGAUUAUUUGUAUAAACUGAAAUACAAUAAACUGAUUUUUAAUAUUGA